CUGUUCUCCAUUGUGGUGUUCGGCUCCAUUGUCAAUGAAGGGUAUGUGAACCGCCCUGAAGAGACAGAAGAGCACUGCAUUUUCAACCGCAAUCGCAAUGCCUGCAACUAUGGCAUUACCGUGGGUGUCCUCGCCUUCCUCAGCUGCCUUCUUUACCUGGCUCUAGAUGCCUACUUCCCGCAGAUCAGCAGCGUCAAGGACCGCAAGAAGGCAGUGCUCUCAGACAUCGGAGUUUCAGCCUUUUGGGCGUUCCUCUGGUUCGUUGGCUUCUGCUUUCUGACCAACCAGUGGCAAGCUUCAAAAGAAGAGGACAACCCAAUGAAUGAGGGAGCGGAUGCAGCCCGAGCAGCCAUCACGUUCUCGUUCUUCUCCAUCUUUACCUGGGGCUUCCUCACGUUUCUGGCUUUCCAGAGACUCAGAGACAUUACUUUUCAGGAAGAAUACAACACCCUGUUCCCUAACUCCCCAUGUUGGCCGGAGGAUGCUACAGACGUGGUGGGGACGUACCAGCAGCCCCCUCCAGCAGAUGGUUUUGACACUGAGACACAGGGGUACCAAACGCAGAACUACUGAGCCACCGAUGCCCCUUUCCCUUCCCCCUUCCUUUCUGGCCCCUUCCCCACUGCCGGCAGAAAGCCGAGGCACAAAGCAGACACGUGUGUAGUGGCACAAGAGGUGGCUCUCAGCUAUGCUCCAGCCUUCUGGGUCAUCUGUUUUUAUUUAUCAUUUUUAAAAAA